GGAGGAGAAGCCUGCCAAGGGGGAGCUCCGCGCCUGCGCAGUGCCGCCCUCGCCCUGCCUCUUGCCUGCCGCCCCCCUCCCCUUGCGCGCGUGCAGGGCACCGCAGCGGCUGCUUCUCUGCUGCCAGACCGCCCCCCCUCUCCCGCCCCACACACCCCCUCUUUCUCCUUUUGGGGGCCCCCUCCCCGCGAGGGCUGCCCUGCCUGCCCCUCCCCAGCCAUGGCUCAGAUACUCCCCAUCAGGUUCCAGGAGCACUUCCAGCUCCAAAACCUUGGAAUUAACCCAGCCAACAUAGGAUUCAGUACCUUAACCAUGGAAUCUGACAAAUUCAUCUGCAUCCGAGAAAAAGUCGGCGAGCAAGCUCAGGUGGUGAUCAUAGACAUGAGCGAUGCGACCACUCCGAUCAGGCGUCCCAUCUCUGCCGAAAGCGCCAUAAUGAAUCCGGCGUCGAAAGUAAUUGCUCUGAAAGCGGGCAAAACACUCCAGAUCUUUAACAUUGAGAUGAAAAGCAAAAUGAAGGCGCACACCAUGGCCGAGGAAGUCAUCUUUUGGAAGUGGAUCUCCGUAAACACCGUGGCCUUAGUGACCGAGACGGCAGUGUAUCACUGGAGCAUGGAGGGGGAGUCUCUGCCCCAAAAGAUGUUUGACAGGCACGCCAGCCUUGCAGGGUGCCAGAUCAUCAACUACAGGACAGACGAGAACCAGAAGUGGCUGCUCCUAAUAGGAAUCUCUGCCCAGCAAAACCGUGUGGUUGGAGCCAUGCAGCUGUACUCGGUGGACAGGAAGGUCUCCCAGCCCAUCGAGGGCCAUGCCGCCGCCUUCGCCGAGUUCAAAAUCGAAGGCAACGCCAAGCCCUCCACCCUCUUCUGCUUUGCCGUGCGCAGCCCUGCAGGAGGCAAGCUGCAUAUAAUUGAAGUGGGCCAGCCUGCUACUGGAAACCAGCCCUUUGCCAAGAAAGCCGUGGAUGUCUUUUUCCCUCCUGAGGCUCAAACAGAUUUCCCAGUAGCAAUGCAGAUCGGAGCAAAGCAUGGCGUCAUCUAUCUGAUCACAAAAUACGGAUACAUCCAUAUGUACGACUUGGAAUCGGGAGUGUGCAUCUACAUGAAUCGCAUCAGCGCAGACACGAUCUUUGUCACGGCACCUCACGAACCUACCUCAGGGAUUAUCGGUGUGAAUAAGAAAGGACAGGUGCUCUCUGUCUGUGUCGAAGAGGACAACAUUGUCAACUACGCCACGAACGUGCUCCAGAACCCAGACUUGGGUCUGCGCAUGGCUAUCCGAAGCAACCUAGCCGGAGCAGAAGAGCUCUUUGCCAGGAAAUUCAAUACCCUUUUUGCACAGGGGAACUACGCAGAAGCGGCCAAAGUGGCAGCAUCUGCCCCAAAGGGAAUCCUGCGCACCAGUGACACCAUCCGGAAGUUCCAGAGCGUCCCUGCUCAACCGGGCCAGGCCUCUCCCUUGCUGCAGUACUUUGGCAUCCUCCUCGAUCAAGGGCAGCUCAACAAAUUUGAGUCCCUGGAACUCUGCCGCCCUGUCCUCCAGCAAGGCCGCAAACAGCUUCUGGAGAAGUGGCUAAAGGAAGACAAGCUGGAAUGCUCGGAAGAGCUCGGAGACCUGGUCAAGGCUGCUGACCCGACCCUGGCUCUCAGCGUCUAUCUCCGUGCGAAUGUACCAAACAAAGUAAUCCAGUGCUUUGCAGAAACUGGCCAAUUCCAGAAAAUCGUGCUCUAUGCCAAAAAGGUUGGCUACACACCAGACUGGGUGUUCCUGUUGAGAAGUGUCAUGCGGGUCAGCCCCGACCAGGGCCUGCAGUUUGCUCAGAUGUUGGUGCAGGAUGAAGAGCCACUGGCAAACAUCAAUCAGAUCGUAGACGUGUUUAUGGAAAACAGCUUGAUCCAGCAGUGCACUUCUUUCUUGUUGGAUGCUCUGAAAAACAACCGUCCUGCCGAAGGCCACCUUCAGACCCGUCUGCUUGAGAUGAACCUCAUUCAUGCGCCACAGGUUGCAGAUGCUAUCCUGGGCAAUCAGAUGUUCACACACUAUGAUCGUGCCCAUAUUGCCCAGCUCUGUGAAAAGGCAGGCUUGUUGCAGAGAGCCUUGGAACACUACACCGAUCUCUAUGACAUCAAACGUGCCGUUGUUCACACCCAUCUCUUAAAUCCAGAGUGGCUUGUGAACUUCUUCGGCUCCCUCUCGGUGGAAGAUUCUGUUGAGUGCCUCCGCGCCAUGCUGUCGGCCAAUAUCCGGCAGAACCUGCAGCUCUGUGUCCAAGUGGCUUCCAAGUACCACGAGCAGCUGGGUACCCAGUCUCUCGUGGAGCUCUUCGAAUCUUUCAAAAGUUAUGAAGGGCUGUUCUAUUUCUUGGGCUCGAUUGUCAACUUCAGCCAGGACCCAGAUGUCCACUUCAAAUAUAUCCAAGCCGCCUGCAAGACAGGCCAGAUCAAAGAAGUCGAAAGGAUUUGCCGGGAGAGCAACUGUUACAAUCCCGAACGGGUGAAGAACUUCCUGAAGGAAGCCAAGCUCACAGACCAGCUUCCCCUCAUCAUUGUCUGCGACCGAUUUGACUUUGUCCAUGACCUCGUUCUCUAUCUGUACCGCAACAACCUACAGAAAUACAUUGAGAUCUACGUCCAAAAGGUAAACCCAAGCCGUAUUCCCGCAGUGGUUGGAGGGCUUCUGGAUGUGGACUGUUCCGAAGACGUCAUCAAGAACUUGAUCAUGGUGGUGAGAGGCCAGUUCUCGACGGAUGAGUUGGUAGCUGAAGUAGAGAAAAGAAACCGGCUCAAGCUGUUACUGCCGUGGCUGGAGUCCCGAAUCCACGAAGGCUGUGAGGAACCAGCAACCCACAACGCGCUGGCGAAAAUCUACAUUGACAGCAACAACAACCCCGAGCGCUUCCUGCGGGAAAACCCCUUCUAUGACAGCCGCGUCGUGGGGAAAUACUGCGAAAAGCGGGACCCCCACUUGGCCUGCGUUGCUUAUGAGAGGGGGCAGUGUGAUCUCGAGCUCAUAAAGGUUUGCAAUGAAAACUCCUUGUUCAAGAGUGAAGCUCGCUAUCUGGUACGCCGGAAAGAUCCCGAACUGUGGGUAAACGUUCUAGAGGAAAACAAUCCAUUCAGGAGACCGCUCAUCGAUCAGGUUGUCCAAACGGCGUUAUCGGAGACCCAGGAUCCAGAGGAAGUGUCUGUGACGGUCAAAGCUUUCAUGACUGCUGACCUGCCCAACGAGCUCAUCGAAUUGCUGGAAAAGAUUGUUCUGGAUAACUCUGUCUUCAGCGAGCACAGGAAUCUUCAGAACCUGCUGAUCUUGACGGCCAUUAAGGCGGACCGUACCCGCGUGAUGGAGUACAUCAACCGUCUAGACAACUAUGACGCUCCGGAUAUUGCCAACAUUGCGAUCAGCAACGAGCUCUAUGAAGAAGCCUUUGCUAUCUUUAGGAAAUUUGACGUUAAUACUUCUGCAAUUCAGGUUCUGAUCGAGCACAUUGGCAACCUGGACCGUGCGUACGAGUUUGCGGAGAGAUGCAACGAGCCUGCUGUCUGGAGCCAGCUGGCCAGGGCGCAGCUCCAGAAGGACUUGGUGAAGGAAGCCAUAGAUUCUUACAUCAAGGCGGACGAUCCCUCUGCCUACAUGGAGGUCGUCCAGGCAGCCAACAGAAAUGAUAACUGGGAGGACCUAGUUAAAUUUUUGCAGAUGGCUCGGAAAAAGGCCAGAGAAUCCUAUGUCGAGACGGAACUUAUUUUUGCGCUGGCGAAAACAAACAGGCUUUCGGAGCUAGAAGAGUUCGUCAGCGGCCCCAACAAUGCCCACAUACAACAGGUUGGAGAUCACUGCUACGAAGAGGGGAUGUACGACGCAGCCAAGCUCCUCUACAACAAUGUGUCUAACUUUGCUCGCCUGGCAUCUACCCUAGUUCACCUCGGAGAGUACCAAGCAGCAGUGGAUAGUGCCCGCAAAGCCAACAGCACCAGGACCUGGAAAGAGGUGUGCUUUGCCUGCGUGGACGGAAAGGAGUUCCGGCUCGCCCAGAUCUGCGGCUUGCACAUCGUGAUCCAUGCCGACGAGCUGGAGGAGCUGAAUCGCUAUUACCAGGACCGCGGCUACUUUGAAGAGUUGAUUGCCCUCUUGGAAGCCGCCCUGGGCUUGGAGCGGGCUCACAUGGGCAUGUUCACCGAGCUGGCCAUCCUGUACUCCAAAUACAAGCCGCAGAAGAUGAGGGAACAUCUGGAAUUGUUCUGGUCCAGAGUUAAUAUCCCCAAGGUGCUCCGGGCAGCCGAACAGGCUCAUCUCUGGGGCGAGCUCGUCUUCCUCUACGACAAAUACGAAGAGUACGACAACGCCAUCAUCACCAUGAUGAACCAUCCCACGGAUGCUUGGAAAGAAGGCCAGUUCAAGGAUGUCAUUGCCAAGGUAGCUAACGUGGAGCUGUAUUACAAAGCCUUGCAGUUCUAUUUGGAUUAUAAGCCGCUGCUGAUCAACGAUCUCCUGCUGGUACUGUCUCCCCGGCUAGAUCACACCCGGACAGUCAGCUUUUUCUCCAAGGUUGACCAGCUGCCUCUAGUAAAACCUUAUUUGCGCUCCGUCCAGAACCAUAAUAACAAAGGGGUUAACGAGGCACUGAACAACCUCCUCACAGAGGAGGAGGACUAUCAGGGCUUGCGCGCAUCCAUUGACGCUUACGACAACUUCGAUAACAUCACGCUGGCCCAGCGUCUGGAGAAGCACGAGUUGAUUGAGUUCAGGCGGAUUGCCGCGUACCUGUACAAAGGCAAUAACCGGUGGAAACAGAGCGUGGAGCUCUGUAAGAAGGAUCGCCUCUAUAAGGAUGCCAUGCAGUACGCGGCAGAAUCCAAGGACGCGGAGCUGGCCGAGAAGCUCCUCCAGUGGUUCCUGGAAGAAGACAAGAAGGAGUGUUUUGCCGCCUCCCUCUUCACGUGUUACGACUUGCUGCAUCCCGACGUGGUCCUGGAGCUGGCGUGGCGGCACAACAUUAUGGACUUUGCGAUGCCUUAUUUCAUCCAGGUGACGAGGGAGUACCUUACCAAAGUUGAUGGUCUGUUUAAUAAGGUGGACAAACUUGACGCUUCUGAAAGCCUAAGGAAAGAAGAGGAACAAGUUACUGAACCCGCUCCGAUAGUAUUUGGCCAGCAGCUGAUGCUGACAGCGGGGCCCAACACCGGCCCAGCCCCGGCCAACUUCCCGUACGGCUACACAGCACCAGGAUUCACUCAACCGCCCGUCUAUGGCUUCAAUAUGUAACUUCCGCUGCGACAGACCUCUUCUUCUUCUUUUUUAACUGUCUCUGGCCACUUUCUCUCCCCGUCCGUUAUCUUUUUUUUUUGUCCAAGAAGGCACAGAUGUCUCCUUGCACUGGCCGUCCGCCUCGGCAGUCUCACGUGGUUCAAGACCUCCAAAGGACACUGUAUUAUUUAUUGCUAUGUCCUGUUACAUUUCAGCCUCCAAAAGGCAGCUUUUCUCUCUGUGUGUGUGUGUGUUACGUUUCCGAGGCUCUGUCCGAAGCCGAGAUGGCACUUCCACUCCAACCUUCCGCUCCGCAAUAAUGUCUUGAGGCCAGGAGGAGCCAGAGAGAGGGCUGGUGCUUCCUCUUUCAUGGCAGUCCUCUUGCCAGCCACAUGUGUGCUGGGGUAUCCCCUGGCAUCAAGCUGUUGCCGCUCAGAGCUCCUUGGGGGGGUAGCAGAGUCUAGACAUCUGAAAGGUGCACUCUUAAUUUCCUUUGCAGCACUGUGCAAAAAAAAAAAAAAAAAAAAGACACGGAAAAGGAAAAUGUGUGUUUGCGGGGAGGUGGGACCCACGUAAUGGCGAUACGGCAAAGCAUCUCUGCCUUCUGGAAUCUGUUCCCAAACCGUCUAGAGAAUAAAUUUGGAUCAUAUCGCAGAGCAGUUAUCUCCAGGAUCUUUCUUCCUUUCAGUCUAAAGGGCGAGCAAGGCUGCGCAGUGGCGUUAAAUGGUACCCCUAAAGACCUUGGCUAUGAGAUUUGGCCAGCAGGCUUCCAGGUGUGCGUGCCCCCUCCCCCCCCGGGCAACCAUCGUGGUACAAGGAAGACCGGUAAGGGCGAACCUUCGGCAACUCGGAAACAAGUUGGCACACUCCUGUUGUCUUGUGUCUUGAUUCUGCUGCAGCAAGCAGGGCGUCCCGCCACGUUGGUUUUGGCCAGAGUCUCCGCGUCCCCUGGCACUCUGAAGACGCCUCUCUGAAUUGACCAGGCUUCUGUUCUGUCCGUGGUGUGCCCGCCACACACAACUUCUUUUGUUCCGUUGGAGAUUGCCAACAGGAAUAUACUACUCCGUGCCACUCUUCAGAAACCUAUAUCAUUAACAUUUCCAUGUACUUAAAGAACCAGAUGACAAUGUAUAAUUUAUGGCUAUGAAUCUUGUGCUAAUCAUGACUAUUAUGGAAAUCAAAUUAUAAACGUGAACCAAA